UCCUCGUCAAGGUCUGCCUUGCCGUAGUGCAGUUAAAUGAAUAGUUAUUUUCAUCUCACUCCUCGGGGCGCGCAGUGGUUCUGGAAAGAUUUCCUAGGAAUAUUGCAUUCUAAUGAGGAAUAUGUCGUCGUGUUAACGGGUUAUCUAGAUCUAUAUCCAGAACCAUUUCAAUAUUUAUCAGUUUAUCUGUCAGUUGACUUUUAACAUUGACUUAUUUUAUUAAUGCCGGGAAACUAGGAAAAAGCUAGAGGUACAAUAGCUUACACAGGACAGCGGUCGGCACACGGCUUGUUCUUCUGUUUUCUCCGGAGAAGGAUAGAACCAAACAAAAGGCGGUCCAAGAUAAAGAGAUAGCUGUCUCAGAAUGAAUAACAAUACUGAGAAAGAGAACGAAUCGAAUGAAUUCACCAGUCAUGAAGAGGAGGUCCGCACGUUAUUUGUCAGCGGACUACCUCUGGAUAUAAAGCCGCGGGAGCUGUAUCUCCUGUUCAGACCAUUUAAGGGUUAUGAGGGAUCAUUGAUAAAACUCACCUCAAAACAGCCAGUGGGGUUUGUCAGCUUUGACAGCCGAUCAGAAGCAGAAGCUGCCAAGAAUGCCUUGAACGGUGUCCGCUUACCCGGAGAUCCCCAGACUCUGCGGCUGGAGUUUGCCAAAGCCAACACCAAGAUGGCCAAGAACAAGCUGGUGGGCACUCCCAACCCUCCUCCCUCCCAGCAGAGCCCUGGCCCACAGUUUAUCAACAGAGACCCAUAUGAGCUCACAGUACCCGCUCUGUACCCUGGCGGCCCAGACAUGUGGGCGUCAUACCCACUGUACCCUGCGGAGCUGUCGCAAGCCCUCCCUCCUGCUUUCACCUACCCCUCCUCACUUCACACUCAGAUUCGCUGGCUCCCUCCUGCAGAUGGAACUCCCCAGGGAUGGAAGUCCAGGCAGUUCUGUUGAGGUUCAUGAUGUGUGAUGGUGGCCACGGUCGGCCUUGAUGGUGUUGCUGGCGGUACUCAUGUCCAAACCAGGAGGAUUCCUGACCUUGUUUACCGCACAGUGGAC